GCGGCUCAGAUCUGGUAACACUGAAUUAAACAGCGAUUCCGAACCACAUGAUAGCUCAUCGCAGCUCGCGAUAUCCAUCAAGUACAGCGAGAGUUACCCGCCCAUUGCAGGUUUAUCACGCGUGUUGUCGAUUACGGCAGAUAAAAUAAACAUGAGCAAGGAUCAUAUUACAUCGAAGGCUGUGUCACCUUUGUGGUAGAGUCUGUCCUUGUCUUUUUGUUGUCAUAAUUGAUUAUAAGGCAUGUCCGAGAAUACUCACAACAAGGAGCAAUGGCAGCUCCUACACAGUCUUCGAUCUACCGUAGAGGGUCUGCUGAUUGAUGGGAUGUCCAAUGUGUGGAAUGUUUAUGGUGGUCUGAAUCGACUGCACAGUGUAGUGGAACGGAUAUUCAAGCACGGCUGUCGCAUAUUUGAUCCUAAUGGUGAGCCGGAUUGCUGGAUAUUCAUUCAAGGACUCAAUUGGCUUCAACCAUCUUUGGCGACCUCACCAAUAUUGUCAGAAAACGAGGAUUAUUUAUGCAAUUUACCAGCUAGGAUAUCGUCCAAGAAGGAUAUGUUGUGGCUAUACAAAAGUUUAGAGGGUCAUUCCUUAUCACAUAAAUUAUCGUGGCUUCUAUCAGAUAAGGAACAUUUGCUUUCUUGUUUGGAACCAUGGGCAUUCCUUUGUCAAGAGAAUUUGGCAGAGGCAACGCUUUUGUAUCUACGAGCAGUUGAGAGAAAUCAACCUGUAUUACUCGCAGAAAUCGAUCCUUGCUUAUUUUUACCAACAUGGAUAUCUCCUAAAAUGAGCCCCAGACGACAUCGUCGCUCGUCCUCGUACCCGGUAAAUUUUUCUGGCGUCAAUCAUAUUUUCGCGCGAGAUAAGAGCAUGAGUGUUCUCAGCAGAUGUCAAUUGGACAAACUAAAUGUUUCGACACAGUCUGUGUUGUGCAACACGGACAGUGCUGAAAAUCAAAUUUCAAAAUCCGUACAAGUUAUCACUGACAAUGACGCACAAAGGGAUUCCAAAGUCGAUGAUGCACCUCUGAAAACGUGGAACAGUUUGCCCGCUUUGGCCAAGAACCAUAGUAGCGCAAUUAUGGAAAGUUCAGCCCCAAAUUCGCCGACAAUUCAAGAAAAUAGCAACAGCAACAAUAGCAAUAACCGAACUCGUACCAUUGAAUUGGCGGAGAUCAUCAAUGUCAAUUACUCGGAUUCGAAACAGCCCGUUGAUUCCAACAUAGACAAGCUAGCGAAACCGAAAACUCCUAUCAGGAAAAUGAGGAAUCGAACGAAGGCUAAACAUAGUCGAAGUAAAAAGGCUUCCGAAAAGUCGGAGAUUUCUUCAAGCGUACAUGAAAAGGUCAAGGACAUGGUUGAGGAGUCACGGCCAAUCACAAUCACAGAAUCGGCAGAGACGAAGAUGCUGCACCAAUUAACGACACGUAAAAAGACGUCCUUCUUGGUAGGUUCGGCACCCGAGUUUACGGGCUCCUGGAGCUUGGAAGUAGAAGGUCAGAAAGACAUUCGUACACCGCGGAAAAGUUUCAUGGAGGACGGUGGCAGUAGCGUGCAGCCAAUGGCAACCGGUUACUUUCCACGUCCGGCUGAAGGUCAGAGUUUAACUAGUUUCCUGUCUUCGGCACGAUUUUCGCGCGCUCACGAUGCUGAAUUGGACCGCGAAAACGCGCAUUUCAGCGUUUGCGAGGCGAUGAUUGCCGCCAUCGAACAAGUCAAGUGCAACCGAUUGCAGCGGCGUUUGCUGGAUGACGUAGUCGACGAUGAGAGCGACGAGGAGAUCAACCGGCUGAAACAACGAAUCCGGUUGCGACGUCGACAACGCCAGGAAGAAAAAUGCCGAGGCAGACGUUGGAGUCGCGGUGACCUGUUGAGUGACGGCAGGACCGACACGACCACGACCACCGAUCAGAGCGUCAGCCCGUUGUCCACGUCUUCGUGUAACUCCUCGGAUAGUGUGUCCACGGAGGAUUCCGAAUUGGACGACGAGCAGAGGUUGAAGAACGGCGGUACGUCCGCGUCGACCGCGUUGUUGUUCUCGGACGCAGAAUCGCGUGCGGCAAGAUUUACGGAUUCUAAUGUGAGCGAGAAUAGCGUGUCCGCUGAGGGGGUAGCUUUAUCUCUUAUUAGUCGCUUCAGUGAGAAACAGCUGCCAAGGGCGAGUGAGCUGCAAUGGUUGGUUUCGGAGAAGGAUGCACCACAACGCUUAUUGCCGAUGCCGAAGAGCUGGCCGGUCAGUCCUGACGAGAUUGAGAUUGAAGAUGCGCGGACUAUCCCGCUGAGAGGGACAAUCGAAUGGGCUCCACCGCGCCCGCAGAUCAUUUUUACGCCUCAUCCACCACCGGUAAGACGGAUGCUAAUAGCCAAGCAGAAUUAUAGGUGUGCGGGUUGUGGUAUGAAGGUCGCUGUGAAAUAUGCCAAUCGAUUUAGGUACUGCGAGUAUUUGGGUCGAUACUUUUGUACGGGGUGUCAUACAAACCAGGUGGCAUUUAUACCAGGGAAAAUUCUAUCGAAAUGGGAUUUUAACCGAUAUCCUGUAUCAAAUUUCUCAUAUCGAUUACUGGAUCAAAUGAUGUCGGACCCGUUGUUCCAAGUGAACGACUUAAAUCCAUUACUAUAUAGACGAAUAAAGCAAUUAGACAAAACGAGACUUUUGCGCACAAAGUUAUUCUUUUUGAAGGAUUUCUUAUUCGCGUGCCGAUUCGCGACUAGCCUUCAAGAUGUGCUGAAGAAGGAACCAAAUUACAUCAUAAACGAUCCGCAUGUGUACUCGAUUCAAGAUUUAAUAAACGUCAAGCUCGGUGUGCUGUUCGUCAGGCUGCAGGAGCUCGUUCAAAUUUGUUGCGCACAUAUUGUAGAUUGCGAGUUGUGCCAAGCUAGAGGAUUUGUCUGCGAGUUAUGUUGUUCUAAGGACGUGAUAUUUCCGUGGGAUCUGUCAAAAGUAAUACGAUGUGAAAAAUGUGGCGCAUGCUUCCACAUCGAUUGCAAACAUGGUUCUGACAAGCUCGAGUGUCCUCGAUGCGAGAGAUUGCACGCUAGACGAAUUUCAAGGGAUGAGAAGCCUUGACGAAUGACGAGGGCGUACUUAGUCGCGCUAUUCGGAAUAGAAUAUGUAUAUUAAGCACAAUAAGUCAUUCGAGUCCAGAAGAUAUCUUAUAAGACUUAUUUCGAACAGUAAAACAUCCUAAGAGAGAUUUAAGUUUUAUAGGUAUUUUUUGGACUUUUGAUGUUAUUUGGAAUAUUAUUAAUUUAUAAAAUUACCAA